AUGGUGCAACUAGAUACGCCUACGAGCAGCGAAUUGCGAAAACCCAUCACUUCACCUUUUGCAGGAGGUAUGACUACUGCUCAAUUGGAACGAGUGUUACAAACAACUCCUGAAAUGAAUAGAUUUAAUCCUUCGAGAAGACGCCUUCAAGCGCUAAAAACUCCUGAUGUUCGCACUUCCAAAAGUGAAAUCGUCACUGCUAGUGAUGAAGUAGCUACGGCUUCAAUUCCAUCUCCGAUUGUUCACCCGCCUGUUUCGCUAAUCUGCGAAGAUUCGGGAGAGGGAAUAAAUAAUAUAUCGGCGGCUAUACGAGCUGAUGAUGUACAGGGAAGUGCUUUGAAAUCUACUGACUCUAUUCCUCCUCCCUGCCACAAAGACAUUUUGAGCUCAAAGCAACAAGGUGGAACAUUUCCAAAAAGAUUCUUGAAAACAAUUGCAAAACGCAAACAGUUACGCAGGGGGAAACGCAAAGAGUCUAGAGUCUUCACGUCGCAUCCGGUGGAAAAGACAUUGAGCACAUUCUUCAAUGGAGAGAAAAGUGGUCAGCACGAGGGUUUCUCUUCUCAAGAAUCUGGUAGCAUGGCUAGGGUAGAAACAUCGGCACUAAGAUUAGAAACUCUCAGUGGUGAAACAUCCGGUGACAGUCAGGAAUCUAUAAGCCUUGAAGAGAUCAUUCGGAUGGCUCCUCGCACAUCCACUUCACAGGCAAGGAAUGAUUUUACACCACGUUAUGUUAGUCUAUCAUUUGGACCUGCACGGCUGGUACGAAGAGCGAAUAUGAGCUCGGAUAAUGAGGACGAUGAUGGUGAUGAUGAUGGUGAUGAUGGUGAUGAUGGUGAUGAUGGUGAUGAUGGUGAUGAUGGUGAUGAUGGUGAUGAUGGUGAUGAUGGUGAUGAUGACCUUAACAAACUUGAAAUGGCGAUCCUUGGUUUAGGCGAUAGUAAUGAUUCAUUCAUAUCUAUGCCUGGCCCAGAUGACUCCGAUGGUGCUGACAUCAAACCCAAAUCUCGAGCUGGUCGCCUAAAUCGCCAGAAGCAGAAGAAAAAGAAGAAAAUUCCUCGAAGGCUCCUGAUAGACGAGCUGUACCUAGUAUCUGAAAGGGUGGAAGAACUGACCCAGGAGAAUGACGUUGAAAGUGUACAAUCUUUGGGAGAACUACCAGAUGAUCCAAUCUCACAAGACGCCCCAGAUGCGCCACAAGUCAUAAACACUGUUGGCCGCACAAAGCGCGAAUUGAGCACGCUCCAAAGAUGGAGCUGCGAAGCCUUUGGAAAGAUUGAUGCAAGAGAAUUUCGGUUCCCAAAACUUGGAAGCACAUCUCCUCAGGCAAGAACAGAAAGUCGCCAUGAGAUGCGCCCGUCCCAUUCGGAUGGCUUCGUAGGAUCUGAAGCAGAUUCUACUGGUCAAUUUAUGGUGUUUUCUAAGCAAAAACGUGUCAACAUUGGCAUAUGGGGACUGACUACUCGGGUAGCACAACUGCAGUUGGUUCGCGAGAAGGACUACGGGCUAGUCGAGGAGUCGAACGACCAAAUUAAAAAAAGAACUUCAGCGAGAGUACCCAAGAGACCUCCACAAAAGCAAGCUAAAGUCAAUGUGCCAGUUUUCAUUGAGCCUAAGGCUCAAGCGGUUGAGAUGGGCGAUGCUCAACAAAUCAACCAGGACAACCAGGACAACCCAGACCAUCAAGACCAUGACGACGAUCAAAAGGGUCGGCCGAUGAAUGGAUAUGUCCCUGGUGAUGGAAUCAUCCCAAAUGUAGAGAACAAAUCGCCGUUGAGACUGCAUCGGGAAGUAUGUCGAGAAGUCACAUUCGAUGAGAGGCUCGAUGUUAAUCAGCGUGCGAGAAUGCACUCUUCUAAUUCCUUGGUCCGGCGAGAUAUGGAAAUGAAGUUUUCAGAGAGUUGUCACCGUGGAGAGUGUGAGGAGGAUGGGCGAUCUUGGCAUGAAUCUGAGCGCAGCGUCGUGAGCAUCUCAAGUGAUGACGACGACCCCGAAGAAAGCGACGAUACCAGUGAUAGUAGCAGUGAAGAGUUGAAUGAAGGACAGCAGAUGGAAGGAGAUUCUGAUGCUCAAACGACUUCGGCAGAGGACACAGACAGCCAAAGUGACGCUACUAGUAUUUCAGUUGCAGAAGAACUAAGUGAGGCUAGUGAGAGUAGUGGUGAAGACAUGGAUAAAGAGGGUGAGGAUGAGGAGGGUGAGGAGAACGAGAAGGGAGAAUACUCUACUGUACAGGCGGUAUUGGAAGAAGAAAUGAACAAACAAAUUGAUGAGGGUAGAGUCUCCACUGAAAACCCAAGUGGAGCAGGCGAGCCUAUCAGCAAAGAGGGCUACAAGCAGUUGAGGAGUGAGGUAGAAAUUACCACAGUCUCGUUGUUGGGGGGAUCAAACCAGCAUAAGGAGAGCUCUCCAUUUGAAGAUUUGCUGCUGGAAGAAUCUCAAAGAACAGAAGCUGGCGCGAUUGAAGAGAUUGACGACGUUGAGCCAUCGCAGCUAUCUGUUGCCAUGAGUUGGCAGAAUACCGCAUAUGCAAUAUCAAUAUCAGAAGCUGAUACCUGGAGACCACGUAGACCGAAGCCGAGCUGCGUGGUUAAUGAGACAGAAGAAGAUAUUGUGGACAGUCCAAGCCCGAUUUCGAUAAUCGUCAAAAGAAGAAGAUCAGCUGGUCUUCAGACACAUAGACGAAGGAGAACAUUCAGUAGUCGACCGCUUACCCUUACGACAAGCCGAUCCGCCACUCCGCCUGGCCUUGAUCUGGGAGAGACUCAGGUUGUGGUACCUGAGGUCCCAGAAACACAAUUUGUUGCAGCGGCUCGCGAGAUGUCUCCUGAGCUUGGCAAAUCGCAAGUGGCCGAUUUGUCUAAUGAGCUCGAGAACUCGAUGAUUGACGCACUGCCUCCUGACAACCAGCAAAACUUCUUGCCUCAUUUUUCUCAGCUCUCAUUUAUUCCAGAAGACAUACCAGAAGAAAGCUACUUUUACAGGGCUUCCCAAUCUUUGAAGGGAGAUUUUGGAACACCUAAAUCACGAGCUAAGUCGACUCCAGCUCGUUUUUCUCCAGAAUAUAAUCAAGCAAUCGUAACUCCUGCCUCGAUUCAGCCAGGUGCCGAGACUACGGCGAGUGUAUUCUCUGCAUCAGGGAUAUCACCUAAAUUCUCACAACAGUCGUAUCGACCCACGCCCAGAUCAGUAAAAAGUUUGAGCCGUCUUACCAGACAAGCAAGCUUCGCCUUUGGGACUUUGCCGGUUUCUGCCAGGAAGAGGACAAAAACUUUACCAUUUGUUCCACCAUUCAAAAAGCCAACCUUGCGGAUCAAGCGAUGA